AUGCGUUGGGCGGCUGUGCAGACGUGUCGUGCGGCUCGGUGUGUUCCAGCAUGGAAACUUACUAGUAAGCGGCCGUGCUCGUUCUCCUACACUCACAACUCGGUCCGAAGCCUGCGGUCAUUUUCAGGAGGUCGACGCUCGACAAUCAUUUCGGCGUCUCCUCAAAACUCCAUGCAUAUUCGCAGGUUCUCGCUCGCAGCCAUCUCUACUGUGGUGGCCUCUGGGGCUUGGUACGCAUAUCAAGGGGACGGAACUGUGCAAUCAUUGGCAACCCAAGUGCGAGGAUUCGCCUCAAGCGCGAUCUCAUCAGCUUAUGCUGAAUCCCCGUCUGGUCCGGCCAGACGUGCACUUCACGUCAGCAACAACAAUUUCUACACCGAACCUUUGACAGCGGAUGAGCCAUUGUCGAAGAAUACAGACGACUCAGAUCGCCGGAGGCUGGAGAUGUUAACCCCGGAACAAGCCACAGAGAAGCUGCGCAAGAAUGAGGAAUCGUAUCUUGUCAACAGGGGAAAUGGUGUCGUCCGGUACGACAUAGUCCAGGUGCCUAGUAACUCUCCAAUCGAAGAUGAUCACGCGGAGAAGAUUGUUGAGGUAUCGUCAUCUACCUUGGGUCAGACAGACGGAGAACCAAACAGCGACUGGAUGUUUUGGGCGGUAUUCGACGGACACUCAGGCUGGACCACUUCCGCAAAGCUCCGAAACGUGCUCAUUUCAUACGUGGCGCGAGAGCUGAAUUCCACUUACAAGGCAGCCGCCGCCGACGGAAAACCUAUGAUGCCUUCUUCUGAAGCAAUUGACCAAGCUAUCAAGAAGGGAUUUGUUCGCCUUGAUAACGACAUUGUUUACGAGAGCGUGGACAAGGUCGUCAAGUCCAAGUCUCGUCGCAUGGCUGCGGAGAUCCUUGCCCCCGCUCUAUCAGGAUCAUGUGCACUCCUCAGCUUCUACGACUCGAAGUCCAAAGACUUAAAGGUCGCCGUCGCUGGUGACUCACGCGCUGUCCUGGGUCGCCGAGGGGCAAAUGGCAAGUGGACCGCUACCGCGUUGUCCGAGGAUCUGACGGGUGGAACUCCCUCUGAGAUCAAGCGCCUGCAGGAGGAACACCCAGGCGAGCCAUAUGUUACGCGAAACGGCCGCAUCUUGGGUGGCCUCGAGCCAAGUCGCGCCUUUGGCGACGCAUUCUACAAGUGGAGUAGAGGAACUCAAGACAUGAUCAAACAGCAAUUCUUCGGCCGCACACCUCAUCCUCUUCUCCAGACUCCUCCAUAUGUCACCGCCGAACCUAUUAUCACUACCACCAAGAUCGACCCCGAGAAAGGUGACUUCAUUGUCAUGGCCACCGACGGACUUUGGGAAAUGCUCAGCAAUGAAGAAGUAGUCGGGUUAGUCGGCGAGUGGCUGGAGCACCAGAAGUCUGGUAACGGAGGCUCAAAGGCUUGGCUGCAAAGCUGGUUCAGCUCCCAAAAGCAAUUACCUGUAGAACCAGCCAAGGAUCAAGCUUCAGAAGGCCAGCGCAAACCUAUCCGCCAACGCCAGUAUGACAUUCCUGACGCAGCGAGUCGAUUCGUCGUGGAGGACAAGAACGCUGCUACUCAUCUUGUUCGCAAUGCCAUGGGUGGCAAAGACAAGGAUAUGGUCUGCGCUUUGUUGACGUUGCCGUCCCCAUAUUCCCGUCGAUACCGCGAUGAUAUUACCGUUGAGGUUAUUUUCUUCGGCAAGGGUCCAGGCCCUCGGUCAGGCACCGUUGAGAUCAACCAGGAGGCCACGGCACCCGAGGAGCCCCUUCAAGCCAAACUUUAA